AUAGAUGACCAAAAAAAAUAAAAAAAUUGUUUGAGUGGCACUCAGUACGAGUCUGUGAAUAUUUGGUGAAAAACAGGGUAAGCUUGAAAAAUGUAUACAACUAACUCAUUGGAGAUUGUAUGUGUGUUCUUGCCCACUUGGGUUUCCAUCAUCUAUUACUCUACUCUGAAAUGAUGUGCAAUAGGUAGCUAAUUGUGGUCUUCAUUACAAUGCUUCUCUUCAGAACUCCUUACAACAGACUUGCAGAAGUCAAAUUUAAGCAAGCUUCAAUUUUUUUGAGACACCCACAAAUUUUGUUUGAAACCCAGAAUACAUACCACUUACAUGGCAUUGCUUAUGAUCCCCAAAUUCCAAUUGGUGACCAUCAAUCUCAAUUGGGACAUAAUGCACACCAACUGUUCGAUGAAAUGUCCGAGUCGAAUGUUGUUACUUACAAUCACUUGCUCUUUGAAUAUUCUCGCAGUAAUAAGAAUGUGGAAGCUUUGAAUUUAUUCUUUGAAAUGCAUAGGUUAGGUUUGGUGAAUAAUGGGUCGAGCCUAUCUUGCGCACUGAAGGUGUCUGGUGUUUCGAAUAAUCGGAUUGUUGGAAAACAAUUACAUUGCCAUUGCAUUAAAUCGGGUUUGGGGGUGGAUGUUAGUGUGGGUACUUCUUUAGUUGAUAUGCAUAUGAAGUUUGAUAAUGUGAAAGAUGGAAAGCGUGUGUUUGAUGAAAUGGAGGUGAAAAAUGUGGUUACUUGGACUUCUUUGCUUUCCGGAUAUGUGCAACAUGGAUCGGUAGAACAAGCAUUAGAGGUAUUCACUCGGAUGGGAAAGGAAGGGAUCAGGCCUAAUCCAUUUACUUAUGCAGCUGUAUUUGGGGCUUUAUCGGAUUAUGAUAUGAUUGUUAAAGGAAGUCAAGUUCAUGCAGAAGUGAUAAAGAGUGGUUUUGAGUAUUUUAAUCCAGUGGCGAAUUCCUUAAUUAACAUGUAUGCAAAGUCUGGAAUGGUGAGAGAGGCUAGAGAUAUUUUUGCUAUCAUGGAAAGCAAGGAUGUUGUUUCUUGGAAUGGUAUGAUUGCAGGCCUUGUGACAAAUGGGCUUGAUAAGGAAGCUCUUGAGCUGUUUCAGCAGAUGAGAUGUGAAGGCAUACAGCUGACACGGCUGAUCUUUGCUACCGUUAUUAAAGCUUGUGCUAGUAUAAAGGAAUCCUCUUUCACGAGACAGCUUCAGUGUCGAGUGAUUAAGAGUGGAUAUGACUUUGAUCUUAAUAUAAGGACUGCUCUAAUGGUAGCUUACAGUAAGUGUGGUGACAUGGAUGGUUCUUUCAAGAUGUUUAAGACAAUGCAACAAAGUCAAAAUGUCAUCUCCUGGACAGCCAUGAUUAGUGGGUACUUGCAGAAUGGGGGUAAGGAAAAGGCAGCUCAUAUCUUUCUUGAUAUGAACAGGAUGGGAAUUAGACCAAACGAUUUCACUUAUUCCGCUAUCCUUACUGCUCAUUCUUGUGUAUCUCCAUAUCAGAUACAUGCACUUGUAGUUAAAACACGUUAUAUGAGCUCCCCAAAUGUUGGGACUUCUCUUCUGGAUGCUUAUAUCAAGACUGGAAAUGUAGUUGAAGCUGCCAAAGUGUUUGAAAAUAUUAGCCAGAAGGAUAUUGUGGCAUGGUCUGCGAUGUUGGCUGGAUAUGCUCAAGUAGGAGACACGGAAGGAGCUAUUAAUGUAUUCCGUCAGUUGUCAGAGGAAGGCAAUUAUCCAAAUGAGUAUACUUUCAGUAGUGUCAUCAAUUCAUGUGCUGCCCCUGAAGCAGCAGUAGAACAGGGAAAACAGCUUCAUGCUUUCUCAAUAAAAUAUGCAUACAACAAUUAUUUGUGUGUUAGUAGUGCUCUUGUUACAAUGUACUCAAAGAAGGGUAACAUUGAUAGUGCAAGUAAGUUAUUUAAAAGGCAAGGGAAAAGAGAUUUAGUUUCAUGGAACUCGAUGAUUUCUGGAUAUGCACAACAUGGUUAUGCACACAAGGCGCUUGAGGUAUUUGAUGAAAUGCAAAGGGAAAACAUAGGAAUGGAUGGGAUUACAUUUGUCGGUGUGAUUUCUGCCUGUACUCAUGCUGGACUAUCGGAAGAAGGUCAAAAGUACUUUGACGAAAUGGUAAAGGAGCAUCAUGUUUAUCCAAGUAUGGAACACUAUGCUUGUAUGGUGGACCUUUAUAGUCGAGCUGGAAUGCUUGAAAAAGCCAUGAAUUUCAUUACUCAGAUGCCAUUUCCUGCUGGGGCAACAGUGUGGCGAAGUCUUUUGGGUGCCUGCCAUGUUCGCAGAAAUGCAGAGGUGGGAAAAGUUGCUGCAGAAAACCUGAUAUCCAUUGAACCAAAAGAUUCAUCAGCCUAUGUUCUACUAUCAAACAUAUAUGCAGCUACUGGAGACUGGAAAGAGAGAGCUAAAGUAAGAAAGUUGAUGGAUCACAGAAAAGUGAAAAAGGAAGCUGGUUACAGCUGGAUUGAAGUUAAGAACAGGACUUACUCGUUCUUAGCUGGUGAUCGUUCUCAUUCAUUGUCGGACAGUAUAUAUUCAAAGCUUGAAGAGUUGUCUACUCGAUUGAAGGAUGCAGGGUAUUGUCCAGAUACCACAUAUGUGCUUCAUGAUGUGGAAGAUGAGCAUAAGGAAGCUAUCUUAUCUCAACACAGUGAAAGACUAGCUAUAGCUUUUGGGCUAAUUGCGACCCCUCCUGGCACUCCUAUACAAAUUGUGAAGAAUCUGCGAGUCUGUGGGGAUUGUCAUGCUGUUAUUAAAAUAAUAUCCAAGAUUGAGGAUCGAGAUAUAACUGUUAGGGAUUCAAACCGUUUUCAUCACUUCAGAGGAGGAUUGUGUUCAUGUGGUGACUUUUGGUGAUUCAUCAGUAAAGGGGAAGAAAUGUGCAUAGUUGCACAAUGGCUGUAAGACUGCAGGAAUCAAAGUUUAGACUGAUCUGGAAUUCAUUUUCUCACUGACUCCUGGAGAGUGUCAGCUAACACAACUGUUUUACGGAAGGCUGCGUGCAAGAACGGCCUAGAGAUGGUUAAAAAGCUGAUUACAGAGCAUGACAAAUUGACAACAUAGCUGACAAAGCUGCCUUCAGAGUUCAGAGUAUGUAUGAGCUUAGGAGAUGACAUUUUUUAGAGCUGCUUGCUCAUAAAAGCCUGAAUUCCCUUAUAGUAAAUCCAUAAUAUUCCCAGCUCACAUUUUACAAACACUGUCACUGAAAUGAAUAUGAUUUCACUAAAUACGCUUCAGUCCGCA